UAUGUUUUUCGAGGAAUUUGAAGAUCGGAGAAAUGGUGUAAAAUUAGAGUUUUCUACUUAGACGGCAUAUUCCAAACACAUUGUCAACGGUUCGUGCCGUGACUAUUUUUAAUAAUUCCGUGGUGUAUUAAGUAUGAUUUAGAGCAAUAACAAAUUAGGUUAUUACAGUUAUAUAGGCUACAUAAUAAAAAAUGUGGUUAAAGAGAGGAUUUUCGAAUUCAUAGCUACACUGCGGACCUUUUUUUUAGAAGCACCCAAUAGGCAUGAAAGGCAACGGAAAGAAACUAUCCCAAAACAUAAGCAAAUCAAGUUUGUUAAAGCAAAACAACAAAUCGAUUUAGUGCUCAUCGACUGUUAGAGUUAAUUAGGUAGGGUUCCGUAUCUAUUGGCGAUUUAAUGUUCAUAAUAUCGAUUUAUUUAACGCCCCCACCAGUAUUAUUAUCAAAUUCAGACUAAACUUUCGUAAUUGUGUUGAGCUUUUGUAACCCGUAAAAUGGUUGGUUGUAUUACUAAAACGCUUGCACUUUAAAAACUAUUUUUUUACGAAUUAUUUUUACCAAAUUUAGCCUUCCUAAUAAAUUUACUCAUUCAUAACGUUUUCUCAUUUGAUUUUUGUUUCAUUCCAUCGAAAUCCACUAACCAAAAACGCAAAUCAUACCAAUUCUGGACAUCUUAAAAACAAAACUAAUCCAAUAUAAAGACUUGUAAAUAAACAAAUUCUAAAACAGCCCACAAAUUAAAUACCACAACGAAAAUCCCUCCACAUUGGUAAACACUCGAAUGCAAGUCUGCCCCUGUGGUCCCAUAUGUGUUCGUGUCUGAGCUUUCAAACAGAAAAAUUUAUAAACAUUUUAUGUGCUAAAUGCAAAGCAAUGCGACGUGCAAACAUCAAACGUGGCCAAUGUUUGAGCUUAAGACCUCAAGGUAGCAGCAAAAUGGAUCGCUAUGAGAAGCUCAGUCGGUUGGGCGAAGGUUCCUAUGGCGUGGUUUACAAAUGCCGGGAUCGGGAAACUGGUGCUUUGGUGGCGGUGAAGAGGUUUGUGGAGUCAGAAGACGAUCCGGCCAUACGAAAAAUUGCACUUAGAGAAAUUAGGUUACUUAAGAAUCUCAAGCACCCGAAUCUGGUCUCCCUGCUGGAAGUGUUUAGACGCAAGCGGCGCCUCCACCUGGUCUUCGAGUUCUGCGAGCUGACCGUGCUCCACGAGCUGGAGCGCCAUCCGCAGGGCUGCCCGGAGCACCUGACCAAACAGAUCUGCUACCAGACGCUGCUGGGCGUGGCCUACUGCCACAAGCAGGGCUGCCUGCACCGGGACAUCAAGCCGGAGAACAUCCUGCUGACGGCGCAGGGCCAGGUGAAGCUGUGCGACUUCGGCUUUGCCCGGAUGCUCAGUCCGGGCGAGAACUACACGGACUACGUGGCCACCCGCUGGUACCGGGCACCGGAGCUCCUGGUGGGCGACACCCAGUACGGCACCCCCGUGGAUGUGUGGGCCAUCGGCUGCCUGUUCGCCGAGCUGGUGCGCGGUGAGGCCCUGUGGCCGGGCCGGAGUGACGUCGACCAGCUGUACCUGAUCCGCAAGACCCUGGGCGAUUUGCUGCCGCGCCACAUCCAGAUCUUCGGCCAGAACGAGUACUUCAAGGGCAUCACGCUGCCGGUGCCGCCCACGCUCGAGCCGCUGGAGGACAAGAUGCCGGCCAAGUCGCUGCAGAACCCGCUGACCAUCGACUUCCUCAGAAAGUGCCUGGACAAGGAUCCGGCCAAGCGCUGGUCCUGCGAGAAGCUCAUCAAGCACUCCUACUUCGACGACUACAUCGCCAAGCAGCGCGAGCAGGAGCACGUCAACAGCCUGGAGGCGGCCAAUCUCCGACAGCAGCAGCUCGCCUCCCAGCAGUUCAUGCUGGCCACGGCGGCCCAGCAGCUGCAGACGGGUCCGGCCCAGGCGGCGGCCAUCGCGGCGGCCCGGGAUAAAUCUAAGACUUCAAACACAUCAUUACCGCUGCUGCCUAGCACGCAGCAUCAUCACCACCCGCAUCAAGAUUACGUGAAGCUGCAGCCCUUGAACAAGAACGCAAACCUCCUUCAUCGCACCGAACAUCAUCUGCCAACGAUUUGAGCAGAACUUGCAGUUAACAAAUGUCCUUACGUUGCUAAACAUUUUUCGCAAAAGUUGGCACAGAAUUUAUAUUAUUUACUGCUGGGAAUAAAUGUGUAAAAAUAAUCCAUAA